AUAUACAUUUCUAUAUCGGGUGUCCUGCGUGUUAGAGCUUGUUUCGGGACUUCCGUUGCUAGCGAAGCUACCCGAUAUCCGACAAGGCCGUUAACGUUUAUCUGGAGACAUGUAAAAUAUCACACAUUUCCUUUCAAAUAUAGUCAGAAGGCCAUCAUGGUGGACUAUCUGUCCCGUUACAGACUAUACGGCCAUGGAUACACUUCCCCGGAUAUCCGUUCUAGUGUGCCAUCGUUAAAGGAGCUGUAUCACGACCGAUCACCGUAUAUAUUUAACCGAAGGCCAAAGGAAACCGUAUGGGAAACGCAUGACUGUCGACAAGAAUCCAUGAAAGAUUUGCGAGAUCGUCGGGAAUGGGAAGCAUGGGUAUUAGCUAAAGGAUUAGCUGAAACUAGGAAAAGUACCGACAGCUUAAGAGUGAAGAAAAUAGAGAAAAAUAAGGAUGGCAUUAAAAAGCCAAAUAAAUUAUUGUUCAACAUUGGGUUACGAGGCAGAGCCGAAGGAGAUUUUCACUACCCAAGAGGCUUAGCAGCAACCAUUGACUCCGCUAUUUUGAUAGCAGACACAAAGAAUCACAGAGUUCAAGUUUUAAACCAGUUUGGCGUAUUAAUGCGGACUUUCGGUAAGCGCGGUUUUAAAGAGGGACAGUUCAACGAACCAACCGGAGUAACUGAAUUACCGAACUGCGACAUUGCAGUGGCCGAUAAAAACAACAGACGGAUACAGGUUUUUUCUUCGAAAGGGAAUUUUAAAUACCAAUUUGCGACUUCACACGAACCGUUUAGUAUUUCUUGUGAUAAAAGUUUCAAUAUAGUCGUGUGUACAUGUGCUAGAACGAUAGAAAUCUAUAGAAGAGGAGGAAAACUUUUGCACAAUUUUCCACUCGGGGGAUUCGAAAAGACUAAAGCAGGCUGCCAAAUAUGUGUGAACAAUAAGUCUGAAGUUAUAGUGUGUGAUACGAUUGAAUGUUUAAUUAAAUAUUUUACAUAUGACGGCAGACUCUUGUAUAGAUUUACACCCCAACCUACGGGAGAAGGGUUAUCAAUGGUUCCAUCUGGAAUAUGCAUCGACAGAACCGGUGAUCUUAUUGUUACAGACGCUCUUAACCAUACCGUCAAUGUUUAUUCUGAACGAGGAGCGUUACUGAAACAAGCUAUUUGUCCUGCUGAUGCAGCCGGUCCUGUACAGACAUGCGCAAUAGGCGAGGAAGGUCACUUGAUUGUGACAGAAUUUAGUAUUUCUGGACCCCAUUGUGUCAAAAUUUUCCGGUUCAGGUCAUGUUAUUGUCACAUAACACGUCCUGGAUCUAGUAAGCGCAGGACGCCGACUCCAAAAUUUGAUAAAGAUGGACUGACAAUUCCAAAUUAGUUGUUUUCCCCCCGUUUUCUUUAAAAGUGAUUGUCCUUUCUUACAAAAGAAGAGAAAUUUGAAGACAAAAGUAAAGUGAUAUCCUCAACCGUGUUGCCUAUGAGGCUGACUGGAAAUCAGUCCAAUAUUUUUUGGAUACGAACAGACUAAAGACAGAAACAACCGUUUAAAGAUUUUAACCUUCAUAUGUACUUUUAAGUGCUAUGUCGAAAAAGUUUAAUAAUUUUUACAUUUAUUUUUUAAAACUGAAUUCAUGCAUUCAGUUUGUUAAAAAAUGUAGGAUCAGACUACCAGAUGAAUUUUAUAUUCAAAUUUAGAAUUAUUGCAUUUUUAUCUUAUAUAUAUUAAGCAUUUGACUUUGCCUUGAUUCGAAUUUACAUGUCUCUCAUCUGUGAUAUUUUUGAAAGCAUUUAACUGUUAUAAAUUGUUUCAUGUUUUUAUUAAAUUGUUAUGUACUAUUUCAAAUAUUCCUAGACAGGUGUUAAAUAGAAUUUAUAUGGCAAACGGCAAAGAUUAUUGUUGCUGUUGGUUUCACUACGGGUUCCUCUUUUGUU